CCCUUUGCUGUCCCCGCCUCCCAUGUCCCAUCUUCCACAUCACGCCCCAAAACGAGCAGAACUCCACUGGGAAAGGGCAAACGGGGGGAAGCCAUGGCGAUCUCCAGUUGGAGCACGCGCCUCCUUCUCAGCCCCUCCCGCCCCAUCCUAUACCCUAGCCGCAGCCGCAUCCUCUCCCUCUCCACCGCGUCCUACUCCCCCGUCUCCGGUCGCCGCCGCUGCCUCCUCCUUGGCCGCCCGCCCCACGCGUACAUCUCGGCGCCGGCCCCCGGCCCCGACGCCUACCAGUCCCCCUCCCUCGAUGCCGCAGAGGCGGCGGCGGAUGUGGCCGCCGCGAUCUCCUCCACUGAUGCAGUCACAUGGGCUGGCGUCUGGGCUCUCCUGUCGCCGCACAAGGCCCGCUUGCUGGUAUGCCUCGCCGCGCUCCUCGCGUGCACAACCUGCACCCUCUCCAUGCCGCUCUUCUCAGGGAGGUUCUUCGAAACCCUGAUAGGGAGGGGGUCCGAGCCCCUAACAGGGCUCCUGUCCAAAAUUGCGGUGUUGUAUACGCUGGAGCCUAUAUGUACCAUCAUAUUCGUGAUCAACAUGACCGUGAUCUGGGAGAAAGUGAUGGCGAGACUGCGCAGCCAGAUAUUUCGAAGAAUUCUGAUCCAAAAGAUGGUAUUUUUUGAUCGCCACAAGGUUGGCGAGUUGACUGGUCUGUUGACAUCUGAUCUGGGUACUUUGAAGGGUGUAGUAAGUGACAACGUAUCAAGAGAUCGUGGGCUAAGGGCACUCUCUGAGAUCACCGGUACACUGUGUAUACUUUUCGCAUUAUCCACUGAGCUCGCUCCUGUUCUAGGACUCCUCAUUGUCUCUGUCUCCGUUAUAGUUGCUAUAUUCAAGAGGUCAACUGUCCCUACCUUUAAAUCUUACGGGAUUGUCCAAGCACAGAUAUCAGACUGCGCAUCAGAAACAUUUUCAGCCAUCCGUACCGUUAGGUCAUUUGGUGGUGAAAAACGACAAAUUUCUAUGUUUGACAACUUGGCGCUUGCUUUUCAAAAUAGCGGCACAAAGCUAGGAGUGCUGAAAUCUGCCAACGAGUCAUUGACUCGAGUUGUUGUUUAUGUUUCCCUAAUGGCACUUUACAUUCUUGGUGGAAGCAAAGUCAGUGCGGGCAAGUUGUCUAUUGGAACCAUGGCAUCUUUUAUUGGUUACACAUUCACGCUGACCUUUGCUGUUCAAGGAGCUGUUAAUACUCUAGGUGAUCUGCGUGGGACAUUUGCUUCUGUAGAGAGAAUAAAUUCUAUUUUAUCAGCAAAGGACUUUGAUGAUUCACUUGCAUAUGGUUUAGCCAAAGAGCUUGACAACAAAGAACCUGAAGAUUCCAACAAUGGAGUGCAUGGAAAGGGCACUGUUAACAAACAUUACAUGUCAGCACUGAAAUCAUCCAGCAGCUGUAGUAAUCUAGCCUGGUCUGGUGACAUUCACCUGGAAGAUGUUCAUUUCUCUUACCCACUGAGAUCUGAUGUGGGGGUCUUAAAUGGGCUUGAUCUUACAAUUGAGUGUGGAAAAGUCACAGCACUAGUAGGUUCUAGUGGUGCUGGGAAAAGCACAGUGGUCCAACUUCUAGCGCGGUACUAUGAGCCUACUCAAGGUCGUAUCACUGUGGCCGGGGAAGACAUUCGUGUAUUUGAUAAGAGAGAGUGGUCUCGAGUUGUAUCCCUAGUGAAUCAGGAUCCUGUCCUAUUCUCGGCAUCUGUCGGAGAAAACAUUGCUUAUGGUCUUCCGGAUGAUGUUGUCUCCAAGGAUGAGAUAAUAAAAGCUGCGAAAGCUGCUAAUGCUCAUGAAUUCAUCAUCUCUCUUCCACAGGGCUAUGACACUCUUGUUGGGGAACGAGGCAGCCUUCUAAGCGGUGGACAGAGACAAAGAAUUGCAAUUGCCCGAGCUCUUCUGAAAAAUGCUCCUAUUCUAAUACUUGAUGAGGUAUCUCUUUCAUACAAAAAUUCAUCUUUUGUACUCCCUCCAAUGCAAGGCUACCAGUGCACUGGACACAACUAGUGAGCGGCUUGUGCAGGAAGCCCUGGAUCUCUUGAUGAAAGGAAGGACUUCCCUGGUGAUCGCGCACAGGUUGAGCACGGUUCAAAAUGCGCAUCGAAUUGCUGUCUGUGCAGAUGGCAAGAUCAUGGAACUUGGCACGCAUGCUGAACUGGUUGCCAAGGGAGGCAGUUAUGCAUCACUUGUAGGCACGCAGAGGCUCGCAUUUGAAUAACACUUUGCUAACAUUCUUUGUUGCACACGAGACACUCAGACGUCUAUAAUCACCACAGGUAGGUUGUAACCUAUUUUCCGAAAUUAUGCAAGAAUUGCUAAAUACAUGCAACACAGAUGAGACUCAAAAAGGAUGAACAAAAUGUUUUACGUCACUUUCUAUCAUCCCCAUUCUUUUCGCUCUGUGACUACUCCAUCUGCUACGUGUGGUAGCCGUACGAAAUUCAGGCAGAAAAUGUUAUUGUUGUAAACGAUUUGCUAAAUUAUGUCAAAUACAUGCAAGUGAGCCUCAAAUAAAGGAUGAAUACAAUGCUUUGUAUUCUCUA